AUGCCCGCUCUCGGCUCUUCCAUUCCCUUUGGUUCAAAGAUCACUCGGGUUCCUAUGGAAUUCACAGAUAAUUGGGGCGAAGGUGAGACUUUCGAUUGGUAUCGCAGGCUCCGCAAGUCGAAUUCGAGUGAAGUCAAAAGCUUGCAAGUGAGAGUAGACCGUGGCAAGCCUCCCCAUCGGUUUGUCCUUGCUCAUUUAGAUAAUGGAACAGUAUGGCGAUUUGACAGGCGCCCCGAAACAGGGAAUCUGGGCACUCUCCUUUUUGAAACCGUUCUCCCAGCCUCCCAUCGCCACGCCGCGGAUGACCGGUGCUUUGUGCCAAAGGAGCAUCUCAUCAUGAUAACCGCCGGGUCUAUAUGUGAGAUUGAAGUGAACCUGCCUCCAGGUACCGAUCUCCUCUUGGUGAUCUCGGUAUGUUUUUCGAUCUCUCAAGAUCGUGAAGCGCGCUACUAUGACCUGCUUAAAUACAACUGCUACUUCUUUUCUUGGACGAUCAUUCUUGUCGUAACCCGGCACACUUUCCCCUUCAGCGUACCAUCUCCAAGUGAUAUUGCAAAAUACUUAGAACCAAAGCGGGAUGGACUGGCCCGGUCAUUGACCAACAAGACCGUCAAGGUUUUGUUGGGCAUCGUUUUAAACGUUAUUACUGCAAUACGCGUAAAAACAGACUCCACCAUUCAAGACGGGAUGUCCUUUGGGAACCGUAUCGUCUGGAAGCUUCCACCGAGUUCCAUGCGCUUCGUUCUUCAUCAGGUCCUGAAGAUGCAAAUGCACUUAGGGCUCAAAGAUCUCCUCUAUAGUAAGAUGCGUGAUCAGGUCGCCUCGGGGGAAAACGACCUUCUUGCAGAUCUGUGGGAAAAGCGGGUAGAAACCAAUAAGCAGGUUGAACAACGGCUUUGGGUCCAAAAGCUGGCCGAUGAUUUCAAGCCCAAGUUAGAAGAAAAGCUCGUUAGAAUCAUAUGGGAUCUUAUCCUUGAUAUGGUGGCUGCCGUUCAAGCGGGGGAUGGCUCGGAGCCAUUGGCGUUUGGGGAACAACAGAAAAAUAGAUCUCGUAUAAAGAGCUUGAUUUUUGGUGAUGCUCAAUGGAUCCACGUUUGGAACGAGGCGCUCAAAAUGGGUCUACCUGCCGCUCGCGACGCCGCCCAUGGACAGUCGGGACCGUUACAGCCUAUCGAACCGGCAACUGAUCAAGAAAAUAUGAGUCGGUGUACAGCAUACAGAAAGCUACAUGGCGAUAUUUUCGAAAUAGCUUUCAAGGCAGCAUCUGGCGCGUCCCUCGAAGGAGCUCAGCGGGCGGUAAGAGAGACAGAGGACUCCAAUAAGAAUCCCAAGACAGCCGCAAUGUGGGUGAAGAUUUGGGAGGUCUGGGACACGGUCUGGGGGGUGGCGAACCAAACUGCAAAAGAUGGUGUUGUUCGGAUUGUUGAACAAGGGGUCGAGGAGAUUAUUGAGCUAGUGACGGGGGAGGUGGUAACAACAGUGGGGGAGAUGUACGAGCAAAAUACACAGAUAUUGGUGAAACACCGGAAGGGGAAGAAGGAUAAGACACUUCGAUCUAUUAGUAACUUACAAACCCAUAUAUCCGAAUCUGUGAAAUCCGCAUACAGCACUGCACCUCAGAAUGUACCGACGAUUCGCAUAGCAAUGGAGAGGAUUUGGGAGAAAUCGAGAUCCACAUAUGCACCAUUGGAUUCAGCAUGA